AUGGCCCACGUCGAUUCUGUAGAUUUGCCUUCGAUCAUAGAGCUGUCCAAGGAUCCUUUCAUGAAACAGGUUUCGCACGCAGAGAAAAUUUUGCCACUUCUUGAGGAAGUCGGAUCUGAGGAAGAAACAGAGGGUCGACUGAAAGCUAUGUUCUCGCAUUCGGAUGGAAUCCGGGGAUUUUUUGUGACUUAUUUAACUAGCAAUAGUUUGGAAUCAACUGCGGAAGAAGCAAGCGUUCCGCCUGUACUGAUUUCGGCAAUGAAAGCAUCCGAAUCUGCGGAACUUAUAUCAUUGGCGUGUAUGAACGUUAUCAUGCCUACAGCUAUGGUUAGCAUGCACGAGAGCCAGGAAUUGGCGGCGCAGUCAAUGAAGACCGCUGCGCGCGCUAUCGAAGUGCUGGCUGCGUUGAAGGCAAGGCCAUCUGUUGAAGCCCAGUGCGAAGCAAUUCUUUCGGUGGCCAUGGGUGAAAGCGUCAAAACGGACUCCGAUCGCAUCAAUUAUUGGAAUGAAUUUUUCGACAAGUGGGGCUACAAAGAUGUUCAGAAACGAGAUAUUGCCAAGGCUAUUCGGUCCGUUUUGAAUAGAUGA